AUGUCUAAGCUCGUAUUCACUCCGUGGAAGACCAAAAGCCAGUUGCUCGAGGUGCGGAGCGAGUUUUAUCCACCGCCCUCCUAUGAUGGGCCGGACAUGCGCGCUCACGCCUGCGCAACGGUUGAGGCGUGGAAACUCCGUGGAAAUCUGCCGCACCAUGUCGAAGCAACUGCGUUGUUGACGGAUGCUAUUCUCCACGAUGAUGCGCAGAGAAAUUCCAUCUUUUCUAUCCGAGCGACUUACUCGGCUGCUUUCUGCCGCUUCGUUACGGGUCUCGUCGACACCAAGAUCCAUGGACAGCGCAGAACCAUGUUUCAGCGCGCUAUGGACUUAGGGCUGCCUGCCUCUUUUGUUGAGUUGCGUCACGAGGCAACUCACCGCGAGCCGCCGUCGCUGGUAGUGCUCCGAAAGGCUUCACAGCGGUCCCUUGAGUGGCUUUGGGAUAAUUACUGGGUCAGUGUCGAAGACCUAGGUGAUUUUUCUGCAAUUCAGCUUGACAACAGUGAGUCGGUCAAGAAGGCCUUCCGCGACACUUUGCGGCAAUUCUCAACCGAGUCUGCCUCAGAUACGCCCUCAAAGAAGCGGAAGAGAGACCACGAAGUCUCCAUUGCGGCUAAGCUUGUUUCUAUCUGUGAUGCGUCGAGUGAGGGUGUGCGGUCUUUGCCUGCUGCUUUACUAGAGCGGGCCACGUUGAUUGAUUCUGCGCGAGAACCUGGAGAAUCCCUGGAUGAAAAGUUCGAGACCUGGGAUGUUGUUCUGCAGAAGAUCGCAGAGAGCCAUCCUUCCGUUGUAGUUUACCUGGCCGAGGAGCUGGUUCACAGCUUGGUCUUCAACCCCGCGAACGAAUCUUCCGAGAGUGCCUACGCCGAAGCACUAUUCCUUUGGCUUCUACAUCUGUUGACAUCCCCAGAGUGGGAGUCACAUCAGUCAUUCUUCCCUCGCAGCUACAUUCUUGCAGCCUGCAGUGAAAGCCCCAAUCACUGGGCUCAGCUCCUCAGUGAUAGAUUACGGGAGAUUCCCUCGAGGGCGGCACCUUCUAAAGCAAAGCUUGCUGCCCAGAAAUUGUCCAAGAAAGGGUCAUCCCAGAACGGUAACGCUAGCGUGUCAGAUGUCGACCAGAAACUCCGAGAACAUGGGUGGGGUCCCGUUGAGGCAUGGGACAGUCGUCCAUUGGGCAUUGCAUCUAUCUAG